AUGGCAUCCGACAUAUCGAUAGUAUGGCUACCUUGCUACCACGCAAAUGGGUCACUCGCUGCGAGCGACAUUCAGUGCAAUCCUGAUGGCCAAACUUCUGCAUGCUGCGCACCAGGCUACCAAUGUGUAAACAAUCUUUACUGUAGGCGUGGCAGCGUCAACAAGCCAGGCUCAUGUACAGACGAAAACUGGCUCCGGAGCAGCAAUCCAGCUUGCCCCUGUCCAUCACGCAACGAUACAGAAACGUACCUCUCAAACACCAUAUUGUGCUCAACCGAGACCUUUCUUUGCGAUAGCGCUGGAGGCAAUGAGGAUCGCAAGGCAACGGACUGUUUCGAUCCCGAGAUUAUGGUAAAUCCCAUAAUUGACUACGGCAAUGGCUUGGGAGUUCCAGCCUCAACAGAUGCAAUUGCUCUGAAGGCUUACUACUCCGGACUGGCAGUGUCAACAGCGUCGGUACCGUCCAGAACAUCCAGCUCGAGUACCUCGAGCCCAAGUACACCUGCCGCGACUUCAACCGCUGCAAAGGGGGCAGCGAAGUCUGGCUUGAGCGGCUCCUCCAAGAUUGCGUUAGGCGUAGGAAUUGGUAUCGGUGUUCCUCUGAUACUACUGGCCGCCACUAUCGUAUUUCUGCUGAUCAGACGGAGGGGAUCCGGUCGAAGAGAGCAUGACAGUGUCUCCCUAACGAACAUGGUGCCGGGAUCGCCUGCUCCGGAGUACAAGGCGGACAAAAGCCCACAGCAAAUGUCCGGCGAGAUGUCUAUUGAUCAUUCGGACAUGGCAGAGUUACCUUCUACUAGACCAACCGGUGAGCUUCAAGCAUGGAAAGCGAGCCCUGCAGAGCUCGAUGGUCGGUACACGUACGGACGCUGA